AUGGAUGAUGAUCAGCUGUCCUCUCCGGGUCUUCUACUCACAUACACAGCCGUCGAGUCCGCGUCUGCUCCUGAUGACCCUUCACACACCUCGCUCCUCUGGCUCCGCUUUGCCUCUGGUUCAUCGCACUUCUCCGACUGGCGACGAGUCCCGAGCAGCAGCAUGAACCGCUCGGCGCGUCACGACAGCCCCGCUCGCAGCCCCUGCAGGAGGCAGGAGCCGCCGCACAGCCCGGACGCCGCUCCGCUCCGAGCGGGCUCCAGGACCGGGGACAGCGGCGCAGGGUCGGGCCCCUCGCACCACGGGACAACCCGCAGCAAGCGGCACCUGGAGGGCGUCCUGAGGAAGUACACCAACCUGCUCCACGGCUGGCAGAGCAGAUAUUUUGUACUGGACCCAGAUGUUGGUCAGCUCCAAUAUUAUUUAAAUGAACUUAGUAAGAGCCAGAGGCCUCCCCGUGGUUGUCUUCCUCUCCUCGGGGCAAUGGUGGUCUCUAGCAACGAGUUUCCCUACAUGUUUACUAUUCAGGCCACCACUGGGGAUUUUUACAAACUCAGAGCACCGGACGCCAAGCAACAAGAGUUAUGGAUGACUCAGCUACAGUUGUGUUCCAGACGGCACUCUGACAGCAGCGCCAAGGUGAUGAGCCAGACUGAUGGACAGCAGAAGAACCUGGUCACCUCUAUCGAGUCCCUACCCCCCAAAGGUGGACCCCUCUCUACUCUGGAUGAGGAUCUCCUCCUUUUAAAGGCCACCUCUGCAGCCACGUUGAGCUGCCUUGGGGAGUGCCUCAGUUUGCUGCAGCACAAUGUUGUCCAGGCCCUAAACCAGAACCAAAACCAGAACCAGAACCACGUCCCUUGUCUGAGCCUCAACCACAGUUCGGGUGGUUUGAAUCAGGCAGUUCCAACAGAAAGAGUUAAGCCGUGGACUCAGCGCUGCAGCUCCGGUGUGAACCAGGUGGAGCCUGGUGGCCUUGGCUUCAGGAGUCAAAGCCCAACCCACAACUUGAGUGAAAACCGGAGUCCUACUCACAGCAGCUACAGUGCAGGGUCAGGAAGUGGCCACAACCACAUCCAGAGUCAUGCAGACAGUCCCACUGGAUGGUCCAGAACAUCUUCUGAGAAGCAGGUGAAAAAUGGCCUUCAGACACCUCUCUCCUCCUUCUGGCCUUCGACCCAAACCCAUGCAAAGCCAGUCGUCCCUUCAGAGCAGGGACAGCAGCAGGGUCGGACCAGCAGUCCAGACACCAUACAUCCUGAUGACGAGACCACAGACACAGAGGACAAUGAUGAGGAAGACCUGGGAGUUCUGGACGACCAGCGAAGCAUCAUCAUUCACCUUCUCUCCCAGCUCAAACUUGGCAUGGACCUGACUCGAGUGGUGCUCCCUACCUUCAUUCUGGAGAAGCGCUCCCUGCUAGAGAUGUACGCCAACUUCAUGGCUCACCCUGACAUGUUCCUCUCCAUCACCUCCGGCUGCACACCAGAGGAGCGGAUCAUUCGCUUUGUCGAGUACUACUUGACUGCCUUUCAUGAGGGUAGAAAGGGUGCUGUGGCCAAGAAGCCAUAUAACCCCAUCCUGGGGGAGAACUUCCACUGUUCUUGGUAUGUGCCCCGGGACCGUGUUCGGCCUCUCAAGACCACUGUUCCCAGUUCAGCACCCAUAGCCCCCUCUAACAUUCCCAGGUCCUCACAGAGGGGGACAGAUGGCAGCAGCAGAACAACGUCCGACUGCUAUUGUGUUCGCUUUGUGGCUGAGCAAGUGUCCCACCACCCACCUGUAUCAGGCUUCUACUGCGAGUGCAAGGAGAGGAGAAUGUGUGUCAACACUCAUGUCUGGACCAAGAGCAAGUUCAUGGGCAUGUCUGUGGGAGUCUCCAUGGUUGGGGAAGGUGUUCUGUAUUUGUUGGAGCAUGAUGAGGAGUAUGUGUUCACACUGCCAUGUGCUUACGCCCGCUCAAUCCUGACUGUGCCAUGGGUGGAACUCGGGGGAAAGGUCACCAUCAACUGUGCCAAGAGUGGGUACUCCGCCACUGUCACGUUCCACACCAAACCCUUCUAUGGAGGAAAAGUGCACAGAGUAACAGCAGAGGUGAAGAACAACCACACAGGAAACAUAGUGUGUAAGGCCCAGGGAGAGUGGAAUGGGAUUCUGGAGUUCACCUACAACAACGGGGAAAACAAGGUGAUCGAUACCUCCAAACUGCCAGUCAUCAAGAAGAGGAUCCGGCCUGUGGAGAAGCAGGGCCAGUACGAGUCACGGUGUCUUUGGCAGCAUGUGACAGCAUCGCUAGAGGCAGGAAAUAUGGACACAGCCACAGAACACAAACACUGGCUGGAGGAGAGGCAGCGCAGUGAGGGCAAACAGAGAGCGACCACCAAAACCCCCUGGAAACCCAAGUAUUUUGUCAAAGAGGGUGAAGGCUGGGUGUACCACAAUCCUCUUUGGAAAGCUCACUGACCUUGGAGGCAGUUGGUGGCCAGGUCAACGAUCAGGGUUGGGGGAUUGGCCGUCAAGAAAAUGCGGAGAGAGAGAAAGAAACAGACAGAGAGAGAGAGAUGAGACUCUCUGUGUGCCAGAACAAGAGGUGCCAAAGACUUCCAGUGGAAAAUGGACAGACUCAUAGUCAUAGUGAGAUGAGACUGAUCUUACACGGGUAUGUUUAAUAUGACUGGAUUCAGACACAUACCUGGACUAGAUGACAGAAUUGGACUUUUUUUUUUCUUAUAAUAAAUCCAAACAACAGCUACUGCCAUUCUAAAUACUUACUUGUUUGCACAAUGUACUCAGCAACUUUUGGUCACAACUGUUUUGCACAACUAACUGUAAACUAUAUAUAUAUAUAUAUAUACUGUAUAUCAAUCAGCCAGAACAUUAUGACCAAACAAUGACGAGUUGAUCAUCACAAGACAAUGGCACAUGUCAAGCUCUGGGAAAUACAGAAUUCAUCGGUGAGGAACAGUUGAUAGUCGUAUAGUCAAUAUUGCAGAUGUGGGAGACAUUUGCCGUUGAUAAAGACCUGAGGCAGACAACUGUGCCGGACCAAUUGGAAAGGACCAGGCCUCAUGGGUAGCUGCUGGUCAGCAGUGGUGAGCACCUAGGAACCCUGGAGGAUGUGCAGGAAUGAGUCUGAUCCGCUGUGUUUCCAUCUCACAACUUACGGGACUUAAAGGAUCGGUAUCGCUGCCAGACACCACAAGGACCUCCAGAAGCCUUGUAGACAACAGGCCUCAGUGGACCAACUGUGUGGAAGACAUGAGUGGUCAUAAUGUUUUGGCUCCUCAGUAUAGUAUAAGCAGCACUGCACAUGUGUGAGCGUGUUACGUUUGGGUGUUUGUCUGUGAGAACGGAUGAACCAUAUAGCCAGUUUGAGAAACCAGCCUGGAAGCACAUUUCAUAGAACCCAGCGGGAGCAGGGCAGAAUGUAGCUAUGUAGACUGGUUACAUUUGGAGCUGAAGCUGUAGCCCACUGAUCUUCUACCUGAAGCAACUCAAUUUUAUAGAAUUUUUUAGGAGGGAAACAAUGUCACAUCUAGACUCAUUUUUCAUAUUCACCUGGGGAAUGCUACACACUUAAGAAUACACACAUUUAUCACGAUAAGGCUCGGUGUUAUUCAACCUCAACAUCUAAUGAAACCCUCCAGUCACCCAUGACUUUACAUACAACGACCCCCAAACCAUUUACUAUGCUGCAGUUUUAUCAGAGAGUUGGAAAAAUGUUUAAGCCUCAAACGUCAGUUCACUCAUAAUAGUGCAGAAAAAUACUCUCUGACUUCCCUCAAGUGGGAUUUCGACAGGCUUUUGGUUUGGUUUUCAUUUGUCUCGGUCAUCUGAUAUGUGCCUCUGAAAUAUCUGCCUCUAGCCAUAUUUAACAUUUUUACAAAAGCUAAAUUUAAUAAUCGAUCCCCCCCAAAAAUUAAUAUUUAAGCCAGUCUUUCAUUUAUUUUAGAUUGUAUUCCCUGGCAGAUGUUCCCAGUGGGAAGUAGUGCAGUGUCAUGUAGAUUUGACCAGACAAAUAAACAACCAAACACAUUGUCCUACAUUUGACUAUACAGUCAACUAAGCUAUGCAACUCUUACUGUAGAUGGUUGUUCUCGGGCGGGGGGGGCUGGGCUUGUGAAAUAACAAUAUCUGUAUUUGUUUAAAAUAAAUAUCUCUUGUCAAA